CAAGACUAGAAUCUUAGCCGUCGCCUUAAAUAAAUCUAAGCAGGUAGCAAUCAUCCAACCCUCUUCCCGCUCAGCCCGAUUUCUAGGCUACUGCCGAAGAGUCUGAGAGUCCAAUGCCGGACACGUUCCUGAGGACUUUAUAUUACGUACAUACAAACACUACUACAUAGACACAAUACCUCAUACACAUACACAUCCACAUCCACAUCCACAUACACAAGUAUCAGUAUCACUUCUCUAUGCUCUGCAACGCUACGCCGUCUGCUGUGGGCCAUUCAUCAUCAUGAGCGCCAUCUCUCUUCGCUCAUCUUCUCUAUUCGUCUACUUCUUACUCUUCUUUAUUAUACCCCUCCCUUCCGUUGCUACAAGCCUACCUCGGGUUGCCCCGUCUCGGCUCCACGAUGGGCGAUCGUAUUUCGGCCGCCUGCUCAACUUUCCCUUCGGGUGGGCCUCGAAAAAGUCCAGCAAGAAUUUGAACGAGUGGUUCGCAACUCGUCCAAAGCUUGUAGAGAAUCUAAGGAGGUAUGAAAACGAUGUUGUAAUAAGGUUCAAUGUCUCGACAGGUGCAAACGAGGCGGCUUUAAGAAAGGCUGUUGAUCAAAUGUUGCUCGAUGUCUGGGAUUUCACUGAUAACUACACUGAUAUUCGCAUUGAAGCACGCCGUAUUCGGCCGUUGAUGGGUAUAUUGCCGUCUUCUUUACAAGAUAACCAUGUCGUUUUGAUUCCCGACCUAGCCCGUGCUGUCGCGGCUACCUACCCGUCUAAUGCCGCCGCAAACUCCGUUACUCAGUCCCUCUCCAAAGAUCGAGGUAUCACCCCGGCAAACGACAUCCCUUUGCCUAAGAAGCAAGGCGUGGAUGACGUCUUCUUUCAUGAUUACCAGCCGCUCUCUGUCAUAUAUUCGUGGUUGAAGUUGCUCGACUCGAUGUUCCGCGGCCGCGGUCUUGUUCGGUUGGUCAACAUCGGACGAUCGUACGAGGGCCGAGAUAUACUAGGGUUAAGGGUCGGCACACCCCGUAGCGGCGCGUCCUCGGGUGGCUCAGAUACUCGCAAGGAUACCAUUCUUAUUACGGGUGGUGUUCACGCGAGGGAGUGGAUAUCCAUAAGCACAGUAAAUUACGUCGCUUGGUCCUUCAUCAAGUCUGUUGACGAGGAUCCGAUGAUAGCUAAAAUUCUAGAACACUUUGACAUCGUCUUCAUCCCUGUCUUAAAUCCCGAUGGAUACGAGUACACGUGGGACGUCGACCGGCUAUGGCGGAAGUCGAGACAGCGCACCAAGAUGCAGUAUUGUCCCGGGUUCGAUUUGGAUCACGCAUUCGGCUACCGAUGGGAUGGAACCCGGCACCAGAGUGAACCGUGCUCUGAGAGUUACGGCGGCGACCAACCCUUCGAGGCCGUCGAAGCCGGUGAAUUAGCGGAUUGGGUCAGGAACGAGACGGAUAGCGGCGUUAAUUUCGCGGCUUACCUAGACCUCCACUCUUAUUCUCAGCAGGUUUUAUAUCCGUAUGCGUAUUCUUGCAACGUCCGUCCGCCUAAUAUCGAAAAUUUAAGGGAGGUAGCUAUGAAUUUAGCUAAGCACAUGAGGCUCUCUAACGGAGAAGUCUACACCACCACGUCGGCCUGCGAAGGGGCCGUCGUAACCGAAAACACAGUAGAUACCACACAUGAUACCCGAAGAGCUCGUGUAGAAGCCGGCGGUGGUUCUGCUAUUGAUUACAUUUUUCAUGAAUUCGGAGCUCGUUAUAGUUACCAAAUCAAGCUGCGAGAUACGGGAAGCUAUGGCUUCCUACUCCCCAGCGAAUAUAUUAUUCCAACCGGCGAAGAACUAUAUCAGGCUAUGAAAUUUCUUGGAGAUUAUCUUCUUGGUAAUAACGGGCACGAGUCGUGGACCCAAUCUACCAACCCCGACCAGAAUCCGUCUGAGCCCUUUGAUGAGGACGAUGAAGAGAUAACAGAACUUCGAAAACGGCGCCGAAGACGGUGCGUCGAUUGUACAUAACUCACAUAAUCUAUCAUAAUAAUGUAAAAUAUUGUUCAUUUAACCCCAGAACCGAUGUUACGGUUGGGUACUCAGCUUUGGGUGUCUCAUUUCUCUCGCCUUACUAUUUUGGUUCUGCCCUGGCCCAUCCAUGGUAAAAAA